AUGGUAGUCAACGGAACCGAAGGAAGCACAUUUAUCCGGUCAGCUUUUGCGCAAGGCUUGGCCGGACUUUGCACUUGGGCUGCUCUUAUCAUCACCAGUCAUCAGGUUAGUAAAACUUUCAUAUAAAUUUCGAUAUCAUUCCGGAUGUUUCAAGUAAUAAUUUAUGUUUUUGUAGAUCUAUCAACAUCUUCGCUGGUAUUCAUGUCCAGCAGAACAACGUUGGAUUGUCCGAAUUUUGUUCAUCGUGCCAAUUUAUGCAUUUGAUUCAUGGCUCUCAUUGAUAUUUUUCAGUGAUAAUGUCUACAUCUAUUUCAAUUCGAUUCGUGAUUGCUAUGAAGGUGAGAAAAACACAAAGGAGAACCGGUUUAAUUGAUAGGAAAAGGGAAUGUUAUGGUUUUUGGUUAGGAAGACAUGAUUAUCAGUUGAUUGGACUAGGAAAUAAAGAUGAAAUAUCAGAUGGAGAUCAAUUCAGGCUUUCAUAGAUAUUUCAAAAUCCCUAGCAAAAAUGUUUGAAAAAAAACGCACACAUAUGGAAAACUAGUUGAUAUAUCAAAUCAAUCAAUUGUUUUCGUCAAUUUUUGUACCCUCCACGUGUUUUUCUUUUAUUUUUCAGUUGCUGACAAAAACUUGAUAACUUUGAUAAGAAAAGAAUAAGACUGCAGAUUGUGGAACAUGUCAAUUUCCGGGAAAAUAGAUUUUAUUGAUUGACACAAUAAGAUAGAAAUAGGGAUUGAUAAGUCUGAAAAUAGAAUUUAACCAAGGUUUUAAAUAGGACAAGUCAAAUGUUUUCAGGAUUUAACAUGAGUUGGAGGCUUUUCAAGGGUUUAAGUAGUUGGAAAAGUCUUAAAGCUCUGGAGUUUUUCGCUUGAAGCUCUAGUGGCUUAAAUCUCUAAAUUUCUAGGCUUGAAGCUCUAGCUAAGCUCCCCUAAUAGACAUCAUUACUUUAAAAACAACAUUAAAUAUCCCGAAUAUUACAUAAUCAAUCAGGAAGUACCGUAAUCCUAAACUACUGUGCUUUUAUUAAUUGUCUAAUACGUAUCAUCAUCAACCUUAAUGUCUUUACAGCCUUUGUAAUCUACUCGUUUUUAUCGUUGUGCUAUGAAUAUCUCGGCGGCGAGAGUAAUAUAAUGGCAGAGAUUCGCGGAAAACCAAUCCGACCUACCAAUUAUAUGACAUGCACCUGCUGCUUGGCUGGAAAACAAUAUACGAUCGAAUUUUUGAGAUUCUGCAAGCAGGUGAUUAUUUUUUCUUUCUUUGAUCUUUAUUAAAAUCUAGUAAUUCUAGUAAAAUUUAAUUAAUUAAAUUUGGAAAUAUUUUCAGGCCACCCUCCAAUUCUGCUUCAUCAAACCAAUCAUGGCUGUUAUCACCCUAAUGCUCACCUCAAUCGGAAAAUACGAAGACGGAAAUUGGAGCGCAGAUGAAGGUUAUCUCUACAUCACUCUUGUCUACAAUGUCUCAAUUUCUCUUGCUCUUUACGGACUCUUCCUUUUCUACACCGCAACUCGCGAUCUUCUCAGCCCAUAUCGUCCAGUUCUCAAAUUCUUGACCGUCAAAUCAGUCAUCUUCUUGUCAUUCUGGCAAGGAUUCUUGAUUGCUGUUUUGGGUGCCACUUCGGUUAUUGAUCCAGUUACUGAUGCUGAAGGAAAUGAAAUUAUUGGACGUGGAACUGUUGCUGCCGGAUGGCAAAACUUCUUCAUUUGUAUUGAAAUGUUCUUCGCUGCUAUUGCACUCAGAUUUGCUUUCAAUGUUUCCGCCUACGCUGAUGCCCAUAAUGGUGAGUUCUAGAAACAUAUAACAAAAUGAUAAUGAGCAAUUUUCAGCCAACAACUCAAACGAUGGUCGUCCAGUUACUCUUCAAUCAAUCAGCUCAUCCCUUAAAGAAACCAUGAACCCCAAGGAUAUUAUGCAAGACGCCAUUCACAAUUUCCAUCCACAAUAUCAACAAUACACCCAGGUAAAUUUUAUUGAGUGAUUUUUCAUUUUCAAGAAGCAACCUUCAAGCUACAGUAACCCAUUUACCCUCAUAGGAUGAAUUAUUUAUGCAUGAUUCUACUAGCCAACAACAGAAAAAAAACGACACAAAAAAAUAGAUGGAAGAUAAAUUGACUGGAUGCCUAAUUAACUUAUUCGGUUUUUUUGUGGCUGCUGCCGCCGGAGGGAAAAAUUGAAAAGAAAAAGAUAGAUAGAUAGACUAACUAGGCAUGGAAUAAUGACAUUUUAGUUUUCUGGAGCAUUUGGAGCAUCAUAUUAAUCUACAGUAAUUUGUGGAGAAAAUGAAUAAAAACAACCUGCUUUGAUAGAUUUUUAGAACUCACAACAUUUUUCCAUAAUUUUUUUCAAAUUUUGAACUUUGAAUACUAUAAUUUCUGUGAUGCAAAAUAUAUAUCAACAACAAAAAUUUAGAUGGGUUACUGUAUCUUGAAAUGAUUUUUCUAACUUUCAUUAUUUCCCCUAACUCUUUUCAUUUUUUCAGCAUUCGAAUCCGCAACGAUCGGUCAGUGGUUUGAGUUCAGGUUUCUUGCUGCUUUUCCCUUUUUUAUUUGUCUGACUUGUUUUCGAACAAAAAUAACUCCAGAUAAGAUUAACUUUAGUGAAUGUUGCACGCAUAGGGUUAAAAAAAAUUCAGGCAUGGGAUAGCAAUUGGAAAAAACUCAAUUUUUAUAUUUCGAAAACUUCCGAAUUCCUGAACAUGCCUGAUUCCAGCACAAAUUCGUCCCUAUUUGGUGUGGUAAACUAACCAGCUACCUAAAAUCUAUCUGUCCUUAGUUUCUCUUGGUCUGUUUGUAGUAUUUGUAAGAUGUUGUAAUUUUUUGAUGUGGGUUUGGAAAAUUUGUAGGGCGCAGCUCCAUCGACCUCGGAUUUCUCAGCGACAGCGAGUGUAUCUUCAAUAAUAGCUGCAACUCAACCAUCAAUGAGCCAAUUUUCGUUGUCGGACGAGCCGUCAAUGUCGAACACCGACGGAGUGACCGACACCGCACGGGUUACGGAUCAGUGGCACUCCACGCCCCGUCGCCAAAAAUCCGAUUACAACCCCUUGCUUUAAGUGAAGAUGAGCUUUUAUCAUUUUCAUUGGAUUGAUUUUGAGAAGCAGAAGAACAUUUAUGUUGUUGUUUAUAGUGUUUAUUUAUUGAUUCAUUUUUUUGUAUGAUUUUUCUUUGUUCAGCGUGAUGUGAGUUCGGGCUUCUUUACACAGUGUAAUUUUCUACCUCAAAAACUUUCAAAUAUAAUUGUUGAAUUUUUGGGUAGUAAAUUACACAUUUUGUUUUUCCUUUUUCCUUUCCCCUUAUCAUUUGAAUUACAUAUAUUCAUGGUUUAACUGAUCCAAGUUCUUUUAAAACACAAAAACUCAUUUAUUUUCCCUACAAAUCACAAAUCUAACCAUAUUCAUUUUUAUUUUUGGACCCAAUAUUUUUUGAAGGAACUGGAUCAGGGCUCACAACCAUGAAUAUAUCGUCUUUCCAGGUGUGUAUUUUCUAUGUAUAUGUUCUAUCCUUUUUGUAUUCAAAGAAAUCAGCAGAAACCCCAUUCAUCAAUUAUUUAUUUUUCUGUUAUUAAAACUAGAAUCAAUUUCAGCAAGCCGGGACGAGCACGAGUAGCGGCUCCGGUGCCAACGAAGAGCAACGAAUGUCAUCAAGUAACUCGGGUGCCAAUUAUUCAACGAUGGCGCACACCGGUGCGCAUGGUGUCUCAACACCAACAGCGCCAACACCACCAACAACCGGUAAUCUCCUCGACGCAUAA